ACGAACAACAGAAACAAACUGAAGAAAAAGAUCAAGGCAACCCACCCAGCACCGCGGUCAAGCCCGAAAAUGCCCAAUUUCAUGCGCAUUGACCCUGUGGUCCAUCGUGAGAGAAUCGCACACGAGAGAACAAAUACCCUCAUUAAUGAUAUAGAUGACCCAGAUAAGUAGUCUCGCAUGCCUCAUGUUAGCCUUGCGUACCACUCACAACAAUACUCAUUCGAGGGUCUCCCCCAAUGCGCGACUGACACCUGAAAUCCAGUUACAGCCACGUGGGCGAAUGGCAGCUGAUGUUAUCGAUGCCAACGAGGCGGCGGGAAUCCACAAUCGUCUUGCCCCGUCGGGGAUGAUCCCCGUUGACAACUUCAAUAACCGGCGGCAUGGUUCCUCAUUCAUGAAAAUGGUCGGCCCUGCCCGUCAGUUGGCUGUCAAUUCUUCGCCCAGCAACCGGAAGUGGUCCGCGGUAUAUUGGCCAUCUCUAAUUGAAUUGAUCCAGAACGCCUGCUUACCCAUUCCUCGCUGACCACGGUAGCCUGCGUUACCGUCGAGUCGUGGUAAUUUUACAUGAAAUACCCAGUCUAUGCUUGUUAAUCCAUCUAACCCAGUUCCUGU